AUGAUAAAAGUUAUACGCCAUUUUGUCAAACAUCAACUUAAUCGUGUUCAAAACUAUUUAGUUCACUCUAAAAAACCUUUACUGGCGGACUUCGCUGUUUGGGAUAUAUUGAAAGCAACGGGAAAAAACGGAGGCUCACAUUUUUGCAAGGGUUGGACUGACAGAAUGGACGAAACGUCGGCUUCAAAAAUGGCAAUGAAAUUAGAUCACAGUAAUAAUAGUAAUAAUAGUAUCAAAUCCUUACCUCAAAUUAAAGAAGCUGAUUAUGAGAAUAAUAAAUUAGAUAUUUUUCGAGGAAUUGUUGCAUCAAUGAUUUCUGAAUUUGCUGGGAAAACUGCCGACGAAAUUUUUAAAUUAUUGGAAGUUUCUAGAAAUCCUGAACUUGGAGAUAUCACUAUCGCACUUCCUAGACUUCGACUUUCAGGUGAUCCGAUCAAUUGGGUCGAGAAGCUUGUACCUAAUGAAUAUAUAAUUGAAGUUUCACAAGCCGGGCAUUACUUAAAUUUUCGAUAUUCACGUCCUCUUCUUGCAAAAAUACUUCUUGCUCAUAUUUAUGAGAAAAAGGAAAACUAUGGUAUAAAUCAAUCGGGAUCUGGUAAAUCGUGCGUUAUCGAUUAUAGUAGUCCAAACAUAGCCAAACCCUUUCAUGCUGGACAUUUGCGUAGUACUAUCAUCGGAAAUUUUGUCAAGAACGUCCAUGCUGCUAAUGGCUGGAAAGCCAUUGGAUUAAAUUAUCUUGGUGACUGGGGUAAACAAUAUGGUUUAUUGGCUAUUGGAUUUGAAAAAUUCGGAUCUGAAGAGGAAUUGCUUAAAAAUCCAAUUAAACAUUUGUACGAUGUUUACGUAAAAAUCAAUGCUAGUAUUGAAGGGAAUCCUGAAGUAGAUGAGCAAGCGCGUGCUUAUUUCAAGAAAAUGGAAGAUGGUGACGAAACCGCAUUAACUUUAUGGAGAAAAUUCAGAGAGCUUAGUAUAAAAAAAUAUAUGGAAACUUAUUCGCGUCUCAACAUUGAUUUCGAUGUAUAUUCAGGAGAAUCACAAAUAAGUAAUGAAAGCAUGAUGCGAGCAUUGAAUAUACUCAAAGAAAAAAAUAUUGCUAAAGAAUCUGAAGGAGCAUUAAUCGUCGAUUUGACCAAGUACAAAUUAGAUGUUGCAUUACUCCAAAAAAAUGAUGGUACUACAUUAUAUUUAACGCGUGAUAUUGGUGCUAUUCUGGAAAGGUAUGAAAAAUACAAAUUUGAUGCCAUUUACUAUGCGGUGAGUUCACAACAAGAAUUACACUUCAAGCAACUAUUCAAAAUCUUAGAAUUAAUGGGAAUUGAAUGGUUUGAUCGGUGUAAACAUAUAAAUUUUGGUAUGGUUAAAGGAAUGAGUACACGUAAAGGUACUGCUGUUUUUUUAGAUGAUAUUCUUGAACAAACUAAGGAAAGCAUGCAUGAAGUUAUGAGACAAAAUGAAAAAAAAUAUUCACAGAUAGAUAAUCCGGAUUAUGUCGCGGAUAUAAUUGGAAUUUCAGCUAUAAUGAUUCAGGAUAUGUCGGCUAAAAGAAUUCGUAAUUAUUCAUUUGAUUGGACUAGAAUGUUUUCUUUUGAAGGAGACACUGGUCCGUAUUUGCAAUAUGCUCACGCGCGUCUAUGUUCUAUUGAGCGUAAUUGUGGUCUUGAAAUAAAUCCAUCAGCAAACUUGGAUUUAUUAACAGAAAAAUCUGCGAUUGAACUUAUAAAUAUGCUUGCACAAUAUCCUGAUGUCAUUAAGUCUGCUAAGUACACGUUAGAACCAUGCACUAUUGUAACUUACAUAAUGAAAUUGUGUCAUAUUGUUUCGGUUACUUUAGAAACAUUAUAUGUGAUGGGAACGGAACGUCAAUUAGCUGAAGCUAGAUUAUUAAUGUAUUGGGCAGCUCGAAUAACACUGGGCAAUGCUCUUAAAUUGUUAGUAUUCAAUAAAUUACUCCCUUCAUCAAGAGCUGUUGUAUCAAAUACUAAAAAGAAUUUUUUAUUUCCUCGAGAAUUCCAUAAUUCUCAGUCUCUUCGUACUACAGAGCCAAUUAUGCAAAAUGAAAAUAUAUCCUAUGCUGUAUCAAUGACCUUUAAAAUACCCGAAAAAAUCCAAUUGAUACAUAAAAAUACCACAGAAAUUCUUAAAAAUAGUAAUAUGAUGAUAUCACCGUCACAAGGUGCUUUUUUUAUAUUCCUUAUUCAAAUGAUUAAAGCAAAGAGAAUAUUAGAACUUGGAACAUAUACAGGAUAUUCUGCAGCUUGUUUUGCUGAAGGAUUAAGAAGAAUGGGUAAUAUUAAUGGAGCAAAAGUAAUUUCAGUGGAAUAUGGGGAAAAAUAUCAUGAAAUGGCUUAUAAGAAUAUUAAUAAUGCUGGAUAUCUUGAUUUAGUAGAAUUGAUUCUAGGUGAUGAUGCGAAUAAAAAUGGAUAUAUAAAACAUUAUGAUAUCAUUCUUGAACGUAACUUACUUGCAGACAAUGGUAUUAUGGUUGCAGACAAUGUACAAAAUGUUCCAAAGCUUAAAGCAAAAGGUAAACUCAACCCAUUACAACAGAAACAAAAGAAAAUUGCUAUAGACUUACAUCAAUUUAAUGAAUAUGUGAAGAAUGAUCCAAGAACUAUACAAGUUUUAUUACCCGCUUUUGAUGGACUUAUGUUUAUAAAAAAGAAUAUUUGA